UAUCCCCACCGUCUACGGGUGCGCCGUGAUUCGUAUCAACCACCCAAAAGAUACCGCGGAAGCGAGCCACCGUUACACAAACCGGGAGCCGCCCGCGCGGCGUUUUCCGAACAUAAAAAGCCGGCCCCGGAAUCUCUUGGCCGUCCCCAUCCACGAGUCGCAGCUUCCAGUGACCAAGCAGGCCCCCGAGAUCGAUUUGGUUGCGUGACGACGAGUGUGCAGCGACGCGAGCAUGGGAGGCGAGACUGCGGCAGCGGCGGCGGCGGCGGCGGCAACGAAGCCAGGGCGGCGCAUCCUGGUGGCGGUGGACGAGGGCGACGAAAGCGUGCAGGCGCUGCGGUGGUGCCUCGGCACCUUCGCCGCGGCGUCGCGCGGGGACACCGUCAUCCUGCUCUACGUCCGCCCGCCGCCGCCCGCCUACUCCGUUCUCGACGCCUCCGCCGCGGUAGGCUACCUGUUCGCGGAGGAGGUGACCGCGGCGAUCGACAGGUACAGCCGGGAGGUGGCGGACGCGGUGGUGGAGAAGGCGCAGAAGCUCUGCACGCUCUACAGCAAGGACGUGGAUGGGAGUGACCACGAGAUGAAGGUGGAGGCGAAGGUUGCGGUCGGGGACGCCAGGGCCGUCAUCUGCCAUAUGGCGGACAAGCUCGGCGCCGACGUUCUGGUGAUGGGGAGCCAUGGCUACGGCUUCUUCAAGAGGGCUGUCCUUGGAAGUGUCAGUGAUUACUGUCUCAGGAAUGCGAGCUGCCCUGUUCUCAUCGUCAAGCCGUAGCAGUAUAGCUAUAGCACGAACCAAAUGCUUCAGCAUCACAAACAUGAGUCCAUGAUGCCGAAGCUGCUGCUCUGCAAUUUCGCUUUUGCCCCCAUGUUUUUUCCCUGUUUUUUUUUUUCUAAUUUAGUUUUGCUUCAAAUCUACGUGUUUUGCAAGAUAGGAAGAUGUGUGUGCAACCUGUGUUGUUCACAGCAACGGAGCGGCAUGUGUACAAACUUAUAUAGUGGUACCACGGCACCACCAGUGUAAUAGGAUCUUGAUGCUACUUGUUAUACAGUACUUAUAUUAUAAGAACAGUUGCCUAGUAGGCGUUUGACCGAAA